ACUGUUUUGCCUUGGUACCGGAAGUUGCCAGGGUGACAUUUAGAACAGGACGAAAACGAAGGCAUGGUUGUGCAUCAUAUGUCGUGAGAUCGUGUGCAUUUGUUAACGUGUAAUUUUGUAUUUAUGUGUGAGUGUGUACUCUAAAAAGAAGAAUGGCGGCGUGGAGCUGUCGGUUUAUUCUCCAGCGGGGUAUUCGACUCAUUUCUCUCCAAGCAGCACCUGAAAGUCCUGUUAAAGUACUGAGCUCCAUUCGGACAGUGAAAACAACAACGUGGUUUGAGGAGAACCUCACAGAGGACAACCAGGAGUACAUGAGGAAGACUAUUGCAGAGGACUAUCUGAAACAGACAGCUGAAAAGCUCAAUCCACUCAAAGAUGAGCCCUGGCAGCGAAAUGAAUGGACAGAGGGGAGCAGACGAGUUGGUUUGGUAGCAGUGAAGUUGGGGAUGGCUCCCAUAUGGACGAAAACAGGAGAAAGACAUGUAGCCACUUUGUUGCAGGUACAGGACUGCCACAUAUUAAAGCAUCUGACCAAAGAACAAUAUGAUGGACGAACAGCAGCUCUCCUUGUAGGGGGAAAAAACGUGUCACCAUUCCAUCGGACUGAAAAGGAAAUGGAGAUCUUCAGAGAUGCAGGCGUUCCUCCUAAACAGAAAGUCACCGUCUUUAGAGUCUCUGACAAUGCCCUCAUAAAGCCAGGCACUCCUCUGUACGCAGCUCAUUUCCGUCCAGGCCAAUAUGUGGACGUCACAGCCAAAUCCAUCGGUAAGGGUUUUCAAGGUGUAAUGAAGAGAUGGGGGUUCAAAGGUCAGCCAGCCUCCCAUGGCCAAACCAAAACUCAUCGCAGACCAGGAGCUUCUGGACCAGGAGGGGAUCCAGCCAAAGUUUUCAAGGGGAAGAAAAUGCCUGGGAGAAUGGGCAACACCUUCAUUACUGCUUUUGGACUGAAGAUAUGGAGGGUCAAUACCAAGCAUAAUGUGCUGUAUGUUAAUGGCUCUGUUCCCGGCCACAGGAACUGCUUAGUGAAGAUACGAGACACUAUACUGCCUUCCAGGACCUCCACGCUGCUCAGCCCUCCUUUCCCCACAUACUUCACAGAGGAGGAAGGUGACCUGGAUGAAGACCUGUAUGAUGAAAACAUGUUUGUACACACAGAGCCAUCCUUGACACUGACCUGAUCAGGCAGCAAACACACACACCCACCCCAACCUGCAAACUGCAUCUGGAUUAUGUAAUAAAGUGUAAUUCCUUUAAGUGUC